UGUAGAAAUGAAACAAAUAGGCGGCCUUCUUGAGUAACUUUAUUUUGACAGAAAAGGUCGUUGAAUUUCUCUUAAAACAGCCAUUAACGCGGAUUUAUAUGCUGCUCCGUGUACAUAUUUGAACUGGAAUGUAUCGACGUGGUGCGAGCAAGAAAGACAAACCUGUAAAGGAGGAGAGUGACAGCAACAAAUACGCCGAGCUACUGGUUUUCGGUUAUGCCUGCAAGCUGUUCCGGGACGAUGAGAAGGCUAUCUUCCACGAGCAGGGCAAACAUCUUAUCCCAUGGAUGGGGGACAAGAACAUCAUGAUUGAUAGGUAUGACGGGCGUGGUCAUUUACAUGACCUUUCCGAAUACGACGCUGGCUCCUGGAACCAUGACUACCAGUUAUCUGAGGAGGAGGCCAGGAUAGAAGCUUUGUGCGAUGAGGAGCGAUACUUAGCCCUCCACGCUGACCUCCUAGAAGAGGAGGCCAGACAAGAGGAGGAAUAUAAGCGUCUGAGCGAGGCCCUGGCUGAUCAGGGCUCAUACAACGCUGUUGCCUUCAGUUACAGUGCUGAUUAUUAUGAUCCCUCUCAACCUACUGAAGAGGAAGAUGCAAGCAAAGAGACAGAGCCUGAGCCGCAGGAAUGUGAGGAGCCCUUUGUGGCCCCCCCAGGCCUGAGUAUUCCACCCGAUGUUGAACUGCCGGCAACCACCAAAACGCACGCCAUCAUUGAGCGCACUGCCAACUUUGUAUGCAAACAAGGGGCCCAGUUUGAGAUUGUUCUCAAAGCCAAGCAAUCCAACAACUCCCAGUUCGACUUCCUUCGGUUCGACCACUACCUGAACCCUUACUAUAAACACAUCCUGCGUGCCAUGAAGGAGGGGCGGUACACCCCAGCCACCGAGAGCAAGCCGGACCAAGCUCAGGAAUCAAAAUCGGACGAUUCCGAGGACAGUGACGAUGACGAGGACGGCGAUGGAAGUUAUCUUCACCCCAGCCUGUUUGCAUCCAAGAAGAGCUCUAGACUGGAGGAGUUAAUGAAGCCACUGCAGGUCAUGGACCCUGACCACCCGUUGGCAGCGCUAGUGCGGAAAGCCCAGCAGGAGAAGAACGGCACUGCCGCCAUGGCAACCAAGUCAGAAGAAGAGGGCGCCCAGCCAGUGGCUGCCACACAGGCAGACUACACAACUGAUCCAAACGUGGCCGCAAUGUAUUACGGCUAUUGCAUGCUCCCCGACGGUACCUACUGCCUGGCUCCGCCACCCCCUGGGACUGACGCCGCUGCCUACUACAGCUCCGUGUCUGCCGGAGUGAUGCCACCGCCCGCUGUGACCGGGGCACCUCUGCUCCCGGGCACGACGUCUCCUCCAGAUCCUGCGCCCGCAGCACCACCUCCCACUACAACCGCCUCUCUCGUCUCAUACUCCGCCCCUGCUGUCACCCAAGCUACCAGUUCUCGACCCCAAGCAGCCGUCACCACAACAACGCCGGCCCCAGCCAUCAUACCCCCGCCCCCAGACAUCCAGCCGGUCAUUGACAAGCUGGCCGAGUACGUGGCCAGAAACGGAGUCAAGUUCGAGACCAGUGUGCGUGCAAAGAAUGACCCACGGUUUGACUUUCUACAGUCCUGGCACCAGUACAACACUUAUUACGAGUUCAAAAAGCACUACUUCAUGCAGAAAGAGGGGAAGAGCCUUCUAGAGGGCUCCUCUGACAGCACAGGCUCUUUGGUCCACGGCACUGAGGCGGAUGGCUCGGCUAAGUGUUCGUCAAACAAGCAGCCUAACGAGGGCAAACUAAUUAAAGCAUCUUUUGCCCCGAUCUGCUUUGCCAUCAAGUCAAAAGAGAAUGACAUGCUUCCGUUGGAGAAGAACCGAGUGCGACUAGACGACGACUCGGACGAUGAUCCCGAUAAAGAAGAGGAGCCAGAGGGGGCAGUUCAGCCCGGCGGGGCCAUCACGGCGAUGAGGGAUCCUCCCCCGGCCCCCCAGCCCGAGGAGAAAAAACCCACCCUCACCCUGGAGGAACUGGAGGCCAAGCAAGCCAAGCAGAAGCUGGAGGACCGGCUGGCGGCCGCUGCGAGGGAGAAGCUCGCCCAGGCCGCCAAGGAGUCCAAGGAAAAACAGCUUCAGGCUGAGCGCAAGAGAAAAGCCGCCCUCUUCCUGCAGACCUUACGUGGCCCUGAACCUGACCCCCCUGCCCCUCCGGAGCCGGUCAUGCCCACCCGGCCCCUCACGGCAAACCCACCGCUGAUGGGCCAAAUGCCAGCCUUAAUGGAGUACCAACCCAUGGAAGCUUUGACCUUACAGACCAGCGAGCCACCGGCCUCCCUGCUGCCCCCUCCCUCGUCAUCGUCCUCGUCUCGAGGUUCCAACAGAGAAAGAGACAGAGACCGGGACAAGAAGAAGAAGAAACACAAGAGGAGAUCUCGAACGAGGUCCAGAUCUCGAUCCAGAUCAAGGUCCAAAACCAAACACUCACUCCCUAGCGCCUAUCGGACGUUCAGGAGGUCCAGGUCUCAGUCAAGAUCCCCCAGUAGGAGAGAGAGGAGGGCUCGCUCAUCUGAAAGAAGACACGAGGAGAGAGAACGGGAACGCUAUGGUCCCGGCGGAUAUCGCCUUGGCAACAGCCCAGGGCUGGGCAGGAAGCGCUCCAGAUCAAGGUCACCUCAUGAGAAGAGGAAAAGGAAGAGCUCCAAGUCUCAGCGCGCAUCAAAAGGCUCCUCGCGCUCUCCAUCUGUCUCUCCGGACAGGGGCGGGACAAAGAACAGAGUCUCCGCCCUCUCUUCCAGCCCCUCCCCUACCACCAGUCCCAACCCAGAUCUGGGGAGGUCCAGGGACGGCUCCCAGGAGAAAGACAGGCAAGUUUCAUCAGCUAUCGUGUCCUCAGUUCAGACUAAAAUCACUCAGGACCUCAUGGCCAAAGUGCGGGCCAUGUUGGCUGCAUCUAAAGGUGUGCAGUCGAAGCCCUCCUGAGAAGCCUACAGAGACGGCCAUGGAAUGGGGCAGGAUUCAAACACAACCUUCAUCUGCCUCAUCACCACGACAACAACAGCCUUUGCUGGCCAAUUAGCAGACUGUCUUCUGCCUGGCGCGCUCCACAGGGCUGGACCAGAGUGCUUUUUAUCUCAUACGUUUGUCUUUUGAAAUUACCUCUCUGUGUUUUUUUUGUUUUUUUUUUUUGCCUUCGGAACCUUCUGACUAGGAGUAGUCAUGAAGAUACCCCUUAAUGUAAAUGAGAUAUUAGGAGAGCCAAUCUGGGAUUCUUAUUGGUGGAGCAUAGUCAAAUUGAACAUAUGACUAGCCAAACAGCAGACGGCAGGUAUUCUCGGUCCUCCUGUUCAAUAAAUCUGUUUGUGGUCAAGAACAGACAACAAAGAAAUUUCAAAGACAUUCUGAAUUGAUUCACAUAGUACCUCAUGUCUCACACAAAAACAAAUUGACAUUGGGUCUUUUUUUUUUUUUUUGCUUUCUUUUUAAUUGUGUGCUGCUGAAAAAGUGGCUACAUUAUGUCCUUCUGUGAAGGUUUGUUUUUUUGGGGUUUUUUUUCUUUCAAUUUCUCAUUACGGCAGUCUGAACACUUCCAGCCAGGUCAGUUUUUAUAGCCAUGGUCUGUUCUACUUUCUUCUCUUGUCAUUUGGUUCAAAUACGUGGCCUUCACUCUCUGAGUUUAAGUUUGUACAGGGCUUAUUGUACAGCUUCUUUGUAAU